UUAUUUAGAUGUGGGUGGAAACUUCUCACUGACGAACUGGACAAACCUUCAGGCGACUCUUACGGUGUUGAAAAUACACUCGAGUUGAUCAAACACUAAAUCAUUUCAUAUUUUGGAAGACAUUUGGUGACUAGACAAGAUCUUCAGGACUGUGCUGUGUGAGACUUGGGGCGAUUUACUAAGCAUUCACUUAGAAUGAGGAAGUAGCCUGCAGAUAAGAUCUGACUCCAGCAGGAGAGUUUGACUGUGCAGGUGAAGCAGAGCUGUUGUUUGGGACUGUUUACGCUGAGGAAACAGUGAUUCACUGCUUUGGUCUGUGCCUCUGGACUUCUUUGGAUUUUGGGACUGUACACAUGAAGAACAUUUCUUCCUAAGACGAAGGAUACAGGACGAUAACCAUGCUGCAGCAGAUUCUCAAAGACAUGUACAUCGAGCCGGAGCUGCUCGCCGAACUGAACGAAGAGCAGAAGCAGGUUCUCUUCUUUAAAAUGAGAGAAGAACAGAUCCGAAGGUGGAAGGAGAGAGAAGCAAAGCUCGAGAAGGAGGAGGCUAAAACGGUGAAGCCCAAAAAAGUGUCAGUGAAGACCGUAUCGUGGAUGAAGGCGUCAGACAGUGACGUGUGGGUGUGGGUGAUGGGAGAACAUCCUGAUGAUAAACCUUAUGACCAGAUCUGUGAUAAGAUCAUGGCUGAAAGGGCGGCACUGCAGGCCCAGAAAGAGGCAGAGGAGCUCAGGGCCAAGAAAGAAGCUGAACUGGAGAAACGUUUCUCGGGGUUGUAUAUGGAGAAGGAGGAAGCUGCCAGGCAGGAAGAAGCCCGAAAGGCAGCUGCCUUAGAGAAGAGCCGACAGGAGGACUUGAAGAGGCGGGAGGAAGAGGAAAGACGAAAAGCUGAGGAAGAGGUCAGGAGGCUGAAGGAGGAACGAGCACAGCAGAUUUAUAUAAGCCUAAAGAAAGUAGAGAGACAACAGAAAAGCCAAGACAAAGAGGAACAAGCCUGGCAGGAUUCAUUGCGUAAAUCUAAAGCAGCUGACCAGCGGAGACGUUCUCUGGCCAAGCAGACGAGGGAGGAUCACCGCAGGCGUUCUGUAAAGGCACUGGAGAGAGGUCGAGUGGCAGCCAUGACCAAAGCCUUUAGAGAAGAGAAACCAUCAACUCCACCUAAACCCAAACCCAGAAACCUCACUCUCACUUGUGAGCCUCUUCACAGGAGGGCCGGUAUACGUUGUUCACUGUCAUCGUCCAACCAGAAGGAUAUCAUCCGCUGGUUCAAAGAGGAACAGUUGCCCCUCAGAGUUUGUUUCCAAGACAAGGAGAGCUGCAUCGCUCCCUGGUUCCACGGUAUAAUCUCGUGUCAGGAGGCUGAGGAUCUGCUGGGUGAAGGUGGCCCGGGAAGUUUCCUGGUCCGUGUUAGUGAAAGGAUCUUCGGAUAUGUUCUGUCUUACAAAAGCCCAGACGAAUUCAAGCACUUCCUCAUUGAUGCUACAGACAACUGCUACAUGCUGCUAGGAGACCAGAUCAAGUUCGCAUCCCUGGGAGAGCUGGUGGAGUAUCAUAAGGAAGAGCCCUUAACACCCUCUGGAGGUGAGCUGCUGCUGCAUGCGUGUGGACAGAAACCUGGCACUCUGGAUUAUGCCGAUCUCUUCACCUGAAGCUCUAUAGCUCAGUGAGCCAUGGUGCAGGACAACAAAAUACACAUCCAGGCUCCAGAGACUUCUGAAAUCUACAGGCAUCGAGGGUUGUGUAAUGAACAGUUGGGAAGUGUGCAGUUACAGUUCACUGUACACAGGCUCCAGUUACAGCUAUGCAACCAUCCAUUAAUGAAGAAAUGUCCAUGCAAAAAAUUCACUUCUGCUCAGAAGCCGUGUCAGACGAAGGCACAUUACGCACUUUUGAUAACGUGGCUGCAUUUUUAAUUAUUUAGAGACAGGAUAGGGAUAAGCCGUGCCACUCGUGUGGUAUAUAAGUGUGCAAGUAAGCUGCUAUGUAAUUUCAUAAUUUCAUAUGUUUUAUGGAGAGCAGUUUUCAAAAAUUAAAAAGUUUUCAAAAAAGUACUGCAUUUUUUUGUAUUAAAU